CGGCGGGACCCCGAGGAGUGGCGGCUGGAGAAGUAUGUGUCUGCUCUCGAGGACAUGCUCCGAGAGCUGAAGAAGCAGUCGAGCAAGCCAGCCCCAGAACUCCUGAAUGAAUACUCUCGCAAAGUGGACUUCCUAAAGGGGCUUCUGGAAGCUGAAAAAUUGUCUUCAUCAACUGAAAAGGCUCUGGCAAAUCAGUUCUUGGCCCCUGGACGUACCCCUACAACAACCAAAGAGAGAACCCCAGCUACUAAAACAGUUCAUCUGCAGACAAAGGCUCGUUGCACAGGCAAGAUGAGGAGUGAGCUGCUUGGUACAGACUCCUUGGCUAUGGAUGAUUCUGAGGAGUUAAACGUAAGGAAACGGAAAGGCCUUGCACCUGAUGAGAAGCAGUCAGCAGUGGAGCUGGAUGCUGUGUUACAGCACCAUCAGGAUGUGCAGGAGAAGUUAGCUGAAGAAAUGCUAAGUUUGGCUCGCAGUCUCAAAAACAACACUCUGGCUGCACAGAAUGUGAUAAAACAGGAUAACCAGACACUAUCCCAUUCUCUCAGGAUGGCAGACCAGAACUUUGAGAAGCUCAAGGAUGAAUCUGACCGCCUUGAACAGCAUGCAAAGAAAUCAGUCAACUGGCUAUUAUGGAUCAUGUUAAUUGUAGUUUGUUUUAUAUUCAUCAGCAUGAUUCUCUUUAUCAGAAUCUUCCCCAAACUGAAAUGAUUAUUUUAUUUUAUUAUUUUAUUUUUUUUAAAGCUGCCAGAGUGCAGUUGGGAAGCUCAGCUGGUAUGAGAACUGGCA